AUGUCGAAUACAACAACUGGAAAACGUCCAACAACACCAAAAAAACGACAAAAUCGAUCACAAUCACAACAAAAAAAUCGUAAUCAAGAAGAUGUUUGUGUUCGAACAAGUUUACCACCAUUUGUCGAAGGUCCUGUCUAUGCAAAUCUUAUUUGUCAUAUUCCGAAAUUACAAUGGAAUGCAAAACAUCAAUCAUUUUGUCGAUUUGUGAAUAUUAAAGUAUCAUGGUGGGGUGAAGAUGAUACAUCAGCCUUAUUCAAACCUCAAGUAUCUGGUAUUGCAUCCUCAUCAUCCCAUCAACCGAGUACAACAGCUAAAUAUUAUAUUCGAAGUGAACUUAAACAAUUUACGAAAUAUUUAACAGAUGCUGCUGAGCUUGUACUGAAAGUGUUUGAUUCGGAUAAUAAUCGUCUUAUAGGUACUGCUAAAGUACAAAAUUUAUCUACACUUUCAAUUAACAAUCCAAUCAAAGGUUAUCAAUCUAUAUUUACGAAUAAAGGUGAUAAAUUAGGUGAAGUUUUUGUUUCACUUCGUAUAUUUUUACCUGGAACUCACGAUAGUAACGAAAAUCUGACAGCAAUGAGUAUUAUAUCAGAUACAAGUAAUCCACCAUCACGACGUAGUUCAUUUGGUGCUAAUGAUUAUAAUCAAGCUGAUCAAUUGGAAGGUGGUUCACGAACAUAUAAACUUGAUCGAGCUUAUAAUGCAGAAUAUUCAAAUGAUAAUACCAUAAAACAACAACGUUUUGAUACAACUGUACCAUUUAAACCCUAUGCAACAGAUUCAAAUUAUGUCCAACCAGGUGUACAAGCAUAUAAAGAACAACCAACUGGUAAAGUAGUUGAAGCAUUAAUUGAACGGGCUAAUCGUCUUCGUGAAGAUAUGAUAAAAUCAUCAGCACAAAAAACGACAAUAAAUGAAAAAGAAAAUGAUCCUAUUAAUUAUAUUUUAUCGAAUAAUAAUAAUAAUUCGGAAAUUCUUAGUACUCAAUAUAAAACAAAAUCAAUUGAUAUUGAUCCAUUACUUGAUAAUGAAAAUGUUUGUGAUAUGCUUGGUAUAAAUACAUCUUUAAAAUUAACUGGAGAUCUUAAUAAUUCAAAUGAUUCAAUUUUAACUGAUCUCGAAGGAUUAGAAUAUGAACAAAGUUUAUUAGAUGAUCUACUCUAUGGUGGUGAUGGAGUAAACAAUAGUAAUAAUAAUAUUUCAAAUAUUAUAACAAAUAAACGUCCACCACACGGAAAACCACCAUCAGGACGUUCACGUAGUCCAAGUAUAACACGUGCUGGUCGAUUAUCAAAUCGUUCUCGUUCAGCACGAAGUACUGAUAGUGAUACGGCAUCACGUGUUUCAUUUGAUAUGCCUAGUUCUGAUCUUGAUGAUAGUGGAAAUGAAAGUCAUGAUGAUGAUAAUCAUCUUUGUAUCGAACGUGUCCAACUAUUAAAUCAUGUUCGUACAGCUCGUGUUCGUAUUGAUCAAUUACGUUUAAAUGUUCUUAAUAAUGAUCGAGACUCUCCAUCACAUUCAUCAUUUGGACGAACCAAUAAAAGUAAACGAGCAAUGACUUAUUUCAUUGAAUAUCAAUUCCCUGUUAUUGCAAAUAGCCGUGAUGGUCAAAAAAAUGAAGCAACACAAGUAAUGAAAAUCGCUUCCAAACGUUUUGAAUCCAAUAAUGAUAUUAUAUUUUCACAUUUAUCAACAUAUCCAUGUUUAUUUACUGAAACAAUUUUAAAAAAUUGGUGGCGUUCAUUACUAAUCUUUAAAAUCUAUAGUCGUAUGUCAGGUACAACAAGUCCAGAACAAAUUGGUUUUGCUGUUUUACCACUUCGAAAUAUAUUAAAAGCUGAUAGUUUACAUUUAGAACACGAUUUAAAUGUUAUUGAUCGUACACAAAUGAAUCAACAAAAACUUCCAAAUAAAAUUGCAAAGAAAUUUUCUAUAGGAAAUUUACAUGUUAUGCUUGAACUUGAUUCUGAUGUAACUAAUUUUAAACUUGAACUUGAUCGUAUUCGACUUAUUGAACAAAUGAAACCUAAAAAACAACGAACUGGAAAAAUAAAGAAAAGUAAAAAAAAAUCCAAACAAAUUACAAUUAAUCCAAAUAAUAAUUUACAACUGCCCAAAGCUUUUACAAGCGAAGGAUUCAUGGCAAAUAAUACAACAACAGAAUUAGAAGAUGGAUUUGUUGUACAAAUUUAUCUUUCAGUAAUUGAAGCACGAAAUAUUUUACAAAUACAAAAUAAUCAACCACGAAAUCCAUAUUUUGUUUGUCGAGCAUUUUGGAAUGAAGAACCAAUAACGUCAGUUGUUUGUUGGGGAAGUUCAUCGCCAAGAUUUAAUUUUGAACAGAAAAUUCCAUUAUUACUCACAAAAUCAACUUUAGAAAAAAUGCAUCAUAAUUUUAUCGUAAUUGAAUUAUGGGAUAAAAAGAUUAAUGGUCCAGCUGAUAUAAUAAUUGGAAUUGUUAAAAUUCCAUUAGAACAAUUCUAUAUUUCAUUUAAAGAUAGACAAAUAAGUCGAGUAUUAUUACGAGCACAAUUUCCAGUCAUAAGUACUGAUUCAUGGUUACCAAUUAUUGAUCCAUUUACUAGUACAAAUAAAUCAAAUGGUGAUAUUCAAGUUUUAUUAGCAAUGGGUACAUCGGAUCAAAUUACAGCUGUAAAAGGUGCACAUUCCAAUGGUAAUUUAUCACCUUCAACAGUUAGUAAAAAACCAGAUGUAAUAUCAACUAAUGAUCAAUCAUCAUCAUUAAUUGAACAUCAGUUUGAGUUGUUAAUUGAAAGCAUCAAUGGUUUACGAGCAUUUGAAUCUAUGGUUUGGGGUGAAAGUGAUUGUUUUAUUCAAUAUUUAUUUCCUGUACAACACGAACAAGAACAAUCAACAAAUACGAAUUCAAUUAAACCAUUUCAACUUCGUCCAAUACGUACAGCAGCUACUUUAUGUACAUCAGACCCAACAUUUCAUGAUAGUAAUAAAUUUCGAUAUGUCCUAUCGCCUACUGAUGCAUUACAUAAAUAUUUUUAUGCUGCUUGUCAAUCACCAUCAGCGAUUGAAACCUAUAUAUCAUUUGAAGUUUGGUCACGUUUUUAUUAUCCAAAUAUUCGUGAUCAACUUUUAGCAAAAGGAAAACUACCAGCUGCAAAAUUAUGUAGUAUGACAACAAUGUUAACUGCUGAUACUGAUAAUAAAUCAGUUCAAUCAUUUCGUAUACCUUUGGAAAUCGUCCGAGAAGAUCCUAAACAUGGACAACAACAUCAUACAUCUACAUCAGCAUAUGGAGGAGAUUUAUUAGUAACUGCAACUUAUAAACGAAAUUCUAUUAAGCGAAAUGAACGACAAGCACUGAGUGAUCGAUUAGCAAAUAAUAAUUCUCAAGUGUGUAUUUCUGUUGGUAUUGUUCGCGCUUGUGGGUUGAAACAUGCUGCUCAAUCUCAAGCACGGCAUGAUGCUCGUUUAAAUUAUCCUUCACAAGUUGGUGUUAAUACAUAUUCAAAAUUAUCCUUAUCAUUUUUAUCUGAUACGGAAUCACGAACAACAAGAACAAUAGCUCGUAGUUUUGUACCAGAAUUCAAUCAUUCAAUUGAUUUUCCUGUUCCACUUAUUUGGAAUGAUAAUCGUAAUCAUACACUAUCACUUGCUGAAAUACUUGAACAUGGACAAUUAAAAAUUGAUAUGUAUCAUCAAAUAAGUUCAACGGAUGAAUCAAAUCCACAAAGUGAUAAACGAUCAUUAGAUAUACAUUUAUGUUAUUGUACUGUUCCAUUAAAAGAAUUAAUUUCUCGACAUACAGGAAUUAAAGGUUGGUAUUCAUUAUCAAGUGUGAAUCGUGUUGUUACAUCAGAAAUAUCUUCGGAUCCAUCUGAACAUUGUGUUGGUGGUAUAGAAUUAUUUGUUCGUUUUGGUCAACAAGACGAUCGAUCUCGAAUCAUUGAUUCAGCUAAAUCUUUUGGUUGGCAUGAUGAUAAUUAUAUUGAUGAAGAAAAUUUUCUUGAUGAUCAAAAAGAUCUUGGAUGUUUAGUAACUUUAUCUGUUGAUCGUAUUCAACUUCCAAUUCCAUUAGUUAUUCGACCCGGAAAAGAUCGUAUCGAUGAUCGAACAAGUGUUUUUGUGCAAUACCGACUUUAUGAUAAAAUGCCAAUAAUAACAAAAAGGAAAAAACCAAUUGUUGAUAAACAUAAUGUUAUAUGUGAACUUAAAUAUACUAAAGAACAUUUAUUUUUAUGUAGUGCACCAUUUUUAUGGUAUUUACGUGAAGAAAAAUUAGAAAUACAAAUAUGGACAAGUGAAAAUGAUUCCUAUGAUUAUUCUCCAUCAUUAUCAUCAACAGAUAAACAUAUUGGAUCAAUUUAUGUUGAUUUAAAUAGUUUAUGUGAUCGAAAAAGAAAAUCUCAUCGACUAAAUGCAAUUCUACCAUUAUUUAAACAUGGAACAAAAGAUUUAGGUGGAGCAUUUGCUCAAAUACAUAUCACAAUUGAUAAAUCUAAAGAUUUCAAUGAAUUACGGAGUCGAAAUAAUGCUGAUACAUCAAAUGAUGCUGAACUUGAUUCUUACUUAGAAAAUCGUCAAUUAAAUUUAAUUGGUAAUGAUCGUGCACUUCGUACAAUAACAAAUAAUAUAUUCUCAGUUAUUAUUAAUAUUGAACAAGCAGCGCAUUUACCGAAUAGUUAUUCAAAAAAUGAAAAUGCUCAUAUUCCACCAAAUCCUUAUGUUACCUAUUCAACAGCUGAUUCUAAUCAUUUAUGUCGUACACAAAUAUUAACAUCAACAAAUAAACCUAUAUGGAAUUAUCAACAAUCAGUUAAAUUAGCUGUUGAACAUUUAUUUAAUGAGAAAAAAACAUUUAUACUUAAAGUUUGGCAUAAAGUUAAUGCUGAUAUUGAAACAAUACCAGAAAAAUCUGGUGAUAAAGUUCUUGGUUUUGUAUCUAUUGAUUUAAGUCCAUUACUUUCUGGUUUACAACAAAUAUCUGGUUGGUAUAAUAUUGUUGACACAAUUGGUAAUGUUCAAGGACAAUUAAAAAUUAGUCUUGUACCACAAGAAGAUCUUUUUGAAUUAAAACGUUUCAAAUAUAAUUCCAAUCAAAAUCAAACAAAAACUGAUUCACAUCGUUCAACAUCAACAGUUUCUGGAAAUAUGCCACCUAUGAUUUUUACUGAUCUAUCAGCAAGAUCAAGUAAUGGAGGUCAAACAAGUUUAAAUUCAUCAAUGAUUGAUGAUGAUAGCAAUAAAAAAUCAUUUUUAAUGAAUAAUCUUCAUCGUCAAUUAGGCGAACUUGGUGCGAUAACUGACCGAAUGAAAGCUCGUCUACAUUCUGGUUCAGAAAUGAGUUCAACAACGAAUGGGUCAUCAUCAACAAUGACAACUGGACGUUGUAGUAGUGUACCACCACCUAUACCGCCAUCAACAUUUAUUCCAUUUAAUACAAAUUCUAAUCAUCAAGAUAUGGAUACAGCACGUUCAGCAACAACAACAAUUCAAACAGAUUUAUCUGAACAUUUUCCUGAAUCACUUAGUGGACGACCAUUAGUGAGUAAUGGUCUUAAUAUAACUGAUGUUCUUUCAAUUCAUAAUGAUCGAGUUCGUCUUGCACAAGAUCUUAUGACAAAAGCAAAUCAUUUACUUGAAACAUCAAAAGAUUUUUUCAAUAAGCCACCAACUCCACCGCCACCUCCACCUCCAACAUCAAUUCCACCUAUCGUAGAAAAACAAUCAAUUGCAUCACCACCGCCACGACCAAUAUUACCAAAUUUAAAUGCAACAACUGAAUUUCGAACUGCAGAAAGAUCACCAUCAGUGUCUUAUAAAACUAUUGAAAAUGUUAAUCAUUCAUACGAACAACAACACCAUAAUGGUUCUAUACUUUGGUCUGAUGAAGAUGAUGAUGAACAUAAUCAAAGUUUUCUACCAAUUGGUCUUCCUCCUACUCAACAACGUUUGAUAACAUCUGCGACUGCUUCAUCAUCACCACCACCACCACCACCACCACUACCUACACAUAUCGAGGAAACUUCUUUACAUGAAGAACAACAGGAUGAUAUCGAUGUUGUUCAUAUUCGCCCAUUAAAUAAUUUAUCAGCGUUUAAUUUUGAUUGUCAUCAAAUGAAUGCAGAACGUCUCAAUGAUACUUUAUCACCAAAACCUGUGAUACGUCGUAAUAUAUUUUCAACAAAAGCACCUACAAAUGAUCAGUAUCAAUCCAUGUCAACAUCAUUAUUAUCAUCUGAAAGAUCUCCAACAGUAAUUAUUGAACGUCAAUCUCUUUCUUCAUCAUCAUCAUCGUCAUCAUCUUCUCCAUCUCCUUCUUCUUCACCUCCACCAAAACCACAACAAUCCUUUACAUCGGAUACAUCCAUUAUCGACAGUAAUUGGUUAGAACAACAACGCAUGCGAGAAAUGAAUACAUAUAGUGUACCAACAUCAAUACCUUCUGAUCGUUCAACUACACAACGACCAUCGAGUCGUAGUUCACAUUUAUCAUUUCUUGAUCGUCCAAUACCAAAUUUCUUUCCAACAAAUCGAGAAAUGGAAGCAUCAAUAAAACAUGUUUCACAAGCACUUUCAAAUACACAUACUUCUUCAGCAACAACUGCUAAUUCAGCAUCACCAUCCAGUACUGUAAUGAAAACCAUCAUCGACCGAUUACGUACAAAAUCGUCUAAUGAAUUAUUACGUGGUGUUUCACCAUUAGAUGGUCAUCUAGUUCAACCAUCUGAAACAACAAAUGUUACACGAUUAGAAAAAAUCUUUAAAACAAAAUAUACAACUAAUCCUUCGUCGAAUUAA